AUGUACACUCUUAAAGAGGUCUUCAGGAGUUUCACUAGUGGUCGUCCAGGUGUCUUGCAACGAAGACGCACCCCUGAAAUGGAACUGGAGUCCGUCGCCAAUAUCAUUCGGGAUUACCAGGAGGAUGACUAUUUAAAUAUUUUGCAGGAUGAGCUUUGCCGUCUGCGUGAUUGCCCCUUUGAACACCUGCGAUCCGGCGUGAUUCCGGAUGAAGGAUACCGUGUCAUUAACGACCAUUACGAAAAUGCCAUUCGACACCCCAUCCGAGGUGUCUUCUUUGGAAACUUGCUGCGGCUGAUGCUCAUUUAG